AUGGCAACAAUUCGCAUCGCGGACGAGGUUCACCCCAAAGAUGGCCUGGUGCAAAUCAAGUCUGAAAUGCAAGCCACGCAAAGGUCAAGGAGGAGAAGCGAUGGCGAUGGGAUAUACAACAUUCGGUCGAGAUCCAGGGCACCCUCACAAGAUCCAAGACACGACGACGACGACCCUGGGUUGCGAAAGGAAGGCGAUUUCAAGCAAAAGCAGGUUUUCAAGGGGAAAAUGUUGCUCUGGCUUGCCUAUCAAUCGAUCGGUGUCAUUUAUGGCGACAUCGGAACCAGUCCCCUUUACGUCUACUCGUCCACUUUCACUGCUCCGCCAUCGUACGAAGAUCUCGUCGGAGUCUUAUCCCUCGUAAUCUGGGCCAUCUUCAUCAUGGUAACCGUGAAGUACAUACUCAUAAUUCUCCGUGCCGACAACGAGGGCGAGGGAGGAACUUUCAGCACCUAUUCCCUGUUAAGCCGCUAUAUGAACAUCACCAAUCGCGACCCACGGGAAGCUUCACUCGUCAAGAUGAGGAGAUAUGCGUCUGGAGAUCUUGAACAAGCCGGCCGAGUAAUGCGCCAGGGCCUCGAAUCCAGCAAUUUUGCGCGGGGCCUUCUGAAACUAAUGGGGGUCCUGGCCGUAUCUAUGGUCAUUGCUGAUGGAGUCCUCACACCUGCUCAGUCAGUACUGGGCGCUGUCCAAGGAAUUGAAGUUGUGGAUCCCAGUCUAUCAAAAGGCGCCAUAAUUGGCAUUACCGAUGCUAUUCUCGUGAUACUGUUCUUGAUUCAACCCCUCGGUAUCACUAAAAUCACCUUCGCUUUUGCGCCUAUCAUCAUUAUCUGGCUAGGGUUCAACGCAGUCUUCGGCAUAUAUAAUCUCGUCAAGUACGAUGCUUCUGUCUUUAAGGCUUUUGACCCUGGACAUGCUUUCGGCUUCUUAAUCCGUCAUGGGGAGCGUGGCUGGAGAAUGCUUGGUGGAGUUCUAUUAGCCUUUACAGGCGUCGAGGCUCUAUUUGCUGACCUUGGAGCCUUCAGCAGAAGAGCAGUCCAGCUCAGCUGGCUAUGCUAUACGUUUCCAUGCCUCUUACUGGCGUACAUUGGACAAGCCGCCUAUAUAAGUGUUCAUCCGGAGGCAUAUUCAAACCCCUUCUUCAAUGCUGUCCCUCCUGGGACUAUCUAUCCGGCGCUGAUUAUUGCCAUACUGGCUGCUAUUGUAGCUUCCCAAGCUAUAAUCACAGCCACUUUCCAGCAGCUUCUCCACCAAGUCAUGAAACUUUCGUACUUCCCACAGUUGAAAGUCGUCCACACUUCUAGAAUUUUCCAUGGUCAGCUUUAUAUUCCUCUCGCCAAUUGGCUCCUCAUGAUCGGAACGAUAUUGAUAGCAUCGAUUUAUAAUAAUACUACGUCCCUUGGAAAUGCUUACGGCGUGUGUGUCAUGUUUGUCACGUUCUUCGACACGUGUAUGGUUUCACUGACAGCAAUCUUUGUUUGGCGUCUCACCCCGUUCCUGGUAUUUUUCCCGUGGCUUAUAAUCGCUUGCCUGGAUGCGACGUUCCUCUCUUCUGCUUUGACCAAAGUGCCUGAUGGUGCCUGGUUUACAAUCAUGCUUGCCCUUAUACUUGGCGCUGUGUUCCUGGUGUGGAGGUUUGGUAAAGAACAGCAAUGGUUUGCCGAAGUGGAGGAUCGAUUUCCGACUUCUCAUUUCGUUCGACCCGGCGCAGACAACCAACUAAAUCUUACAGAAAGAUUCCAUGGUGAUCCUAUUAGCUCUAUCAAAGGAUUUGGGAUCUUUUUUGAUAAAGCCGGAGAGACGACCCCCACAGUCUUUAGUCAAUUUAUCACUAAGCUUACUGCAAUCCCUGAAGUCAUGGUUUUCUUCCACCUGCACCCUCUCGAAGCACCUUCAGUGGCCUUGGGAAAUCGCCAUUCCGUUUCUCGACUUGGAAUUCCUAAUUGCUACCGCCUUGUUGUUCGGUACGGAUAUAAUGAUGAAGUCAUAACCCCAGAUCUUGCGUCGGUGGUGUUUGAGCAAAUCCAGCUCUACCACAUCAACAAGAGCACAGUUACAAGGUUGUAUGGAAUGGAUCAGACUGUAAACGACAUCACUUUGCCGGGCCAACAAGCAAUAGCGGAAAAAGUUGAAGCAGAGCAACUCGAUCUUGAGUUGGCCAGACUUGAGGAUGCUUUCUCACACAAGGUCCUAUACAUCAUCGGAAAAGAGCAGAUGAGGAUCAAGGCCAAGACGAACUAUUUCCGGAAGUUCCUGCUUCACAUUUUUCUGUGGAUCAGAGAGAACACGAGGACGAAAAUGGCGAAUUUGAAUGUCCCUGUGGACAGGGUGAUCGAGGUAGGGUUCUUAAAGGAAAUCUGA